AUGUGUGAAAAAACUAAGAAGGUGAACCGGUGGCUGGGGUCGGUAUUUGGGGACCAGCCGGUGCCUGAGUUUGAGGUGAACACACGUACGGUGGAUUUACUGUGUCAGCUGGUGGAAAGCAGUGAGCUAAGAUGCAAGGAAGUGUCUUUACUUGUAGAGGACCGCAAACAGAAAGCUGCAGAAUAUCACAGUGAUGGAGCUCACCUGCAAGAGAUCCUACUUCAGGGUGUGGGUUUGUCCCCAGGCAGCAUGUCCAAACACACCUCAGAUUUACUCUCUGUGUUAGAGGGCGUUACCAUGGCACUCAGGGUCAAGGACACAGCAUUGGGAAGUUACAUUCCAGCAAUUAAUAAAUUAACCAAUGAGCUGGCGGAGGCAGAGAAGACGGACCGGAGACUGGAACGGGAUAUCUCCGCCCUUAGGAAGAAGAUGGCAGCUACACUUGUCUUACGAAAAACUCUGCAAGAGGACUUGCAGAAAACUAUCCAGGCACAGGAAGUGGAGGCAGCAAAGGCUGAGGAGAGACUUCUCAAUAUGGACUUUGUGAAGAAUAAAUCCAGAGAUCUGUCUUACAGAAACAAGGUUGCAGAGGAUCAGCUGGCCUCAAGACAGAUGGACAGCACUGUUACCCAUCAGGCUAUUCUUGAAUUGUCAGAGAAAAUUGCAACUCUUAAACAAGAACUUUUGCCUCUAACAAAGAAACUUGAACCCUACAGUGAUUUGAGCCCUAGUCCCUCUCUAGCCCAAGUUAAAAUUGAGGAAGCCAAGAGAGAACUGGCAGCUGUGGAUGCUGCAUUGGAACAGAAAGUGGACAUCAUGAAUUCAUCUUUACCCAAACAAAAAAGCAGAGUGUUAAAAUGA